AUCAACCCAUAGAGGCAUUCCAUUCCAUACCAUAAGCCUCCAACCAAACCAACAUUUAUUUCGUUUACCAGUAACCUCGACUCAAUCUUAAAUUCGUUUCGAUCUCUCUUGGAUGCUUUUCUUGGCUUGAGAGGAACAUUAAGAUACAAUACAGUUAGCAAAUAUUGUUUGGAAUUUUGAAGAAGCUAAGAUGUCUGGUGUGAUCAAGAACUUCAACUUAGAUGGGGCGGAGGGAGUGGCGGCGGCGGCGGCGCUGCCGCCGCCGCCGCCGCCGGCGAAGAAGGCUAAACAAGGCAUAGGGUCGAUUCUGGGGUCAGAAGCAUCUGCGGCAGCCUCCAUAAGAAGAACUCUCUCAGCUGAUAUGUCGUCGAAGAAAUGGCUGUCGCAGAAUGGGUUCUCGGGGUUCCCGGCGGCGGGCGUGAAGAAGGUGGGUUCCUCCGGCGAGUUCGCCGCCGACGGGCAUGAAGAGGAUGAGCUGAGCAGGCCCGGGCAAGAUGAGGUUUGGAGAGCAAUCCAAGCCGCUCAGAAGCAGCUUCCGAUUCCUCUAAAGCCGGCAUUAAGGUCAUGCGAAUCUUGGAGCUCGAUUCUGGUGUCACAAAAAACUGAUGAAGAUUCUUCCAAUCUUCCUCCCCCUUAUGUUCAUCCGCUCGUGAAGAGAAGAACGGCUAGCUCUUUGAGCGAGAAAAGCCUGGAGAUUUGCACUGAAAGCCUCGGCUCUGAGACCGGCUCCGACGGCUUCUCCUCCUCCAACUCUCCGCCGGAAUCCGGCGAUGAAGAAGAAGAGGAGAAAGAAGACCAAGAAAUAACCUCUCAUCACUCUUUUGAAGCUGAAUUAACUGUGAAGCAUAGCUAUAGCAAGCGAUCGCCGCCCAGAUCUUUCCCUCCUCCUCUGCCUUCUCUGGCUAAGAAUAAGGCGUCCCUUCAAGUGCUCUCUCGCCGGCAGAAUGGUCGCCUGAUUCUUGAAGCCGUUUCUGUCCCCCCGCAAGACUAUCUCCACGCCCAACGACACGACGGCCGCCUUCUCCUCACCCUUGUCAACGCCGGCUCCGCCUCAGAAGAGACAGGGGACAGAGAUGAACCCACACAAGUGUUUGACAGUUUCGGAGAAACCGAUGAUUCUGUUCUUACUGACGAUGAUGAUGAAGAAGAAGAUGAUGAUGAGCAAGAAUUGACUAAAGAAAUGGGAUUAAAUUCAAAUUUGCCAAUUAUGUCAGCUCCACCAUUUAUGAAGGAAUUCAAGAAAAACACAUUCUGGGUUAACAACAAGACAGUGGAUUUGAUGGAGGAGGAGAAGGAGGAUCUCAUCAUUACUCCACUUCCACCACCGCCGCCGGCGGGAGUUGCAGGGCUAAUCCCGGCCGCCGGCUUCGUCAACACCUACGACUACUUCUGGAGGAAGAAACCCACAGUUGCAAGCGUGAUAAUCGACACUGAACAAUGCAAAGGCGGCGGCGGCGGUGGCGCAACAAACAACCUCAAGAACAUCAUCAACAGCAACAACAACGUUGUUGAAAGUCCAAAAGUUGCAGGAUAUGAGCAGAAACACAGAGGGGUGCUCUUGAGAGGAAGCAUGGCGGCGAAUAACAUUUUGAGAGGAUGCAAAGAAUCCAGGAGGUCAUUGCUACCAUGGGAGCCUUACUGCAUUGCCACAACUUGAUGGAUCAUCAUUUCUCCAUUAAUUAAUAGCUUAUUUAACAUAUAUAUAUGUAUUUUAAUUUCCUCCAAAAUUAAGGUCAUUAGUUUUUUUCUCUCUUGGUCCACCAAGGGAGUUGUGUUUGCUUGUGUACCCAAAAUAAACAUAAGCUAUACUAUGAUUCAGAUCAGAGCACCAUAAAAUUCUAUGGUCAUAUAUCUCAUAUGAUCCUCAAAUGACCAUUUUUUUUUUCUCUCAUAUUUGAAGUUAUUAAUAGUCAAUGAGUUAUUUGACUUUUGCUCUUU